CAUCCAAGUAGCCUUAGUUCUAGUGUCAGAUGUGAAUAUAAAUCACAAUUCAAAUGGAUUCUACAUCGACAAUACAGAGAAACGAAACAGAAAACAAAGAAAUGGAGGAUCUCGAUACAAGUGAAAUUCAAUCCACCGGCACAGCUGUGCGUGCACUGUGCAGGGAGCUCAUGAAGCUGAAGAAGGACAAGCUCGAGGGCUUCUGCGUGAAGUUGUUCCGUGAGGACGAUCUGUUCGACUGGGAUGUGGGCAUCUACGGGCCCCCCAACACCGUGUACCAUGGGGCGUACCUGAAGGCCUCGAUGCGGUUCCCCUACAACUAUCCGAUGCAGCCGCCGGACUUUUACUUCCGCACAGCGAUGUUCCACCCCAACGUCUAUGCCAAUGGCAUGAUCUACAUGUCCAUCCUGUACGAUGGCUGCUGGAACCCCACGAUGAGCGCCCGCACCGUACUGCUGUCGGUGGUGUCGCUGUUGACGGGCCCCGACACCGAUUGGCCUUGCAACCAGGAUGCCGCUGAUCUCUACAUCAAGUGGCGCGACUCGCAGGGCGAGGACAAGACCUACGAGGAUCUUGUGGCUCUACAGAAGGCCAACUGGAAGGAGAUGGCACGUCUCGAUGGUGUUGUGGUUCCUGAAACCGUGGAGGAGUACUGCUGCACCGCUGCCAUCAAGGAUCCGCUCGUAGCAGAGAACUUUCUCAUGAACGAGCUCUGCGAUCUCUCCGAUCUCUCCGAUCUCUCCGAUCUCUGCUCUGCUUCAGAGGGGCAUUAGCCAUUAGGAUUCUCUAAUCGUUAGUCGUUCGAAUUUGUUUACCAUCAUUGACACAACAUAUUCCAAUAACAGCGUUUUAAAUAUUACUCAACAUUCAACACCCAAAGACACACACACAUCUACAAAUUACUGGUGCAACGAGCAGCGGCACUCUGGCUCAGACACUCUUUUGGCCAAAAAAAAACAAUAUAUAUACAUAUCUACAGCACAUAAAUGUAGAAUACACACCACACAAAUAUAUACAGAAUGCGGGGGAGGGAAGGGCGUGUGUGCAAACGAUGUUCAAGAAAACUCAAUGAUAAACCAAAACCAAAAUCAAAACCAAAACCAAAACUAAACGAAU